UGGUGGUUAAUGUUUCGAUAGAAUUUAAAAGAUAUAAUAACUUUACAUUAGUCGCAUUACGAAAAUAAAAACGGUUUAACGGUGUAAGAUGGACGAAACGUUCGAAUUACCCGAUUUAGACGAAAUCGAAGAAGAAAGCAUUCCCACCCAUUUUAAACCUGGUGAAAUUUUAAAAAAUAUAGAAGCAGAAAAUGAAGCAAAGAAACAGAAAUCAUCUAAAUCUGAUCCACAAGAAACCAAUGAAAUGCAACAAAAAACAAAUGCGUCGUCAUCUUUGUCUUCGGCUUUUGAAAAUGCUUUUGGCCAUUUAAAGAACUCAAAAUACUAUGAAGAUCCAUAUUUGUCUGCACCUUCCAGUACCAAACAAGCAGCAGAAAAGUCAGUUGAAAAAAUUGCACCAAACAAGAAUUCCAUUAUUGUUAAUUCUUGUCAACGUGGAAAUCCUCUUUUGAAACACAUACGCAACAUUCCUUGGGAGUAUGGAGAAAUCGAGCCAGAUUACAUCAUGGGAAAGACAACUUGUGCUCUUUACUUAAGUUUAAAGUAUCAUAACUUGUAUCCGAACUACAUACACGAGAGAUUAAAAUCAUUAGGUCGCUCUUAUGAGUUACGUGUCUUAUUGGUUCACAUCGACGUUAUUGAUCCACAUCCAGCAUUAAAAGAAUUAUCCCAGAUAGCUAUAUUAGCUAAUUGCACUCUCAUGUUAGUUUGGAGUUCAGAAGAAGCAGGGAGAUACAUAGAAACUUAUAAAAUUUUUGAAAAUAAAUCUCCAGAACUAAUCAUGGAGAAGCAAGAUAAUGAUAGAUACUCUCAAUUGAUUGAUUCCUUGACUUCUGUGAGAUCCGUAAAUAAAACUAAUGCAGUAACCUUAUUAUCAAUAUUUGGAACAUUAGAAAAUCUUUUGCAAGCAACGUCUGAAGAAAUAGCUCUGUGUCCUGGAAUGGGACCACAAAAAGCAUCUCGACUUCACGACGUUUUCCAUCAACCAUUUUUGAAAGCAAAGAAGUCUUGAAUUGUUGGCACUCUAAAGAAUAUUUUUUUAAACCAAAGAUAUGUACAGUAUAAUAAUCUCAUGGCUGACUAGUUUUAUCUGG